CAAAUUGCUUGAGCCCGCGCUCGUAGGGCCACGCCCUGGCAGAUGUCGGCAGUCGACAGUCAAGUCGAAGCGAUCCAAGCUGUCAUCGGCUGCACGGAGGCCGAGGCCGAGCGUCUUCUCGAGAGCGGCGGCGGCUCAGCUUAUCGAGCUCUUGAUCUGUACUACGAGGGCGAAACCAUCCCGGUACCGGGGCUGCCGCCGCAGAGCCCAUCUCGCCGUCGCUACUCGCAACUCGAGCUGCGGGACCUGCUCGGCCUCGACGAACUGUCCAGGUCGAUUAGCGAAAGCGACUGGGACGCAACGAAAAAGGUGCUGGAUUUGGUGCAAAAGCCGGAGGAAUUGAAGAAUUUUCUGCAGAGCGACGAGUGGGAGGCGGCGCUCGGCCGCCAGCCCACGCUCCUCUCGUACUUCUGUCCCGCAUCCCACAUGGGCUUGGAUACGACCGACCUCUGGCCUCUCCUCGAGUGUGCCAUGAACAACUACACCGCGAGUGCGGAAAUUCUGCUCACUCACGGCUCGCCGGUGGACUUUCCCAAGGUGAUGGGCGGCGACGAAGGAGCUCCCCAACUCUUCCCGGACGGGUACACCACCCCCCUCAUGCACGCCGCCGGAUCCGGGCAUCACGAGAUCCUUGAGCUCCUCCUCCACCACGGCGCCGACCCCAACCUCGCCGACGAGGAGGGCGACAAGGCGUACGAGUGGGCGCUGGCUUCCGACGACGAGGAGUGGCCCCCCGUGGACCCCGAUGACCGCGCGCGCUGCCAAGACAUCCUAAAGCGCGCCGAAGCAGCCGGGAUCAGACGGACCUGUACUUGCCCCUGGCACGAGCGGACGGGCGGGAGGCGCACCUCGCCGGCCUUCAGCCCGCCACCGCCGCCGCCGCGGCGGGACGAGCCGGCGCGGGCGGUGGGCGACCACGAGAGCUUCCACGGCGCCAUGGUUGGCCUUCCGAAGCGCGCAAACAACCUGUCCGAGAUUUACCGGCCGCCGACGGAGGUCUGCUUCGUGGGCUCGUUCGAGGAGCUGCGGCUGACCGGGCGGCAGCAGUCGCGCUGGCUGCUCGUCAACAUCCAGUCGCCGACCGAGUUCGCCUCGCAGCAGCUCAACGCCGACACGUGGACCGACGAGGGCCUGCGUGCGGUCCUCGGCUCGUCCUUCCUCUUGUGGCAGCGCUACUUCGACUCGGAGGAGGGGGCGACGUACUGCCGACACUACCUGCGGGAGGACGCGACCUUCCCCCACAUCGGCCUCCUCGACCCGGCCACCGGCCAGCUCGCCAAGUCGUGGCACGGCUUCACCACAGCGGAGAGGCUGAUGGACAAGCUGAUGGACUACGCGGACCGGCCCCCGAAAGACAUCUCCUGGGGCGAGCCCGCGGUGAGCGAGCCCGACCCGCUGCCUCCGCGCGACGCGUCGAGCUGCACACUCUCCGACCCAGCGGGCGCCGUGCAGGCGCCGCCAGCAGCCGCGCCGCCAGCGCUACCCGCGCCGCCAGCGCUACCCGCGCCGCCAGCGCUACCCGCGCCGCCGCCCUACUCCAAGGCGGAGGGGAAGCGAAAGGCCAGGGUGUAGGCGAGAACCAGGCGGCGUGAUCCCCGCGUGGCGUGCAGGCGUUGGGCCGAUUGUCUCGGGGUGGAGCCGCGCGCUCGCUCUGUGCCUUGUGGCAGUGUGCCUGCGCCUUGUGCGGGUCGGACCCACGGGCAUGAUGGCAUGUGCAGUCGGGAGCGGAGCGAGGGAAGCGGAAGGGGGAGGCAGGGUCGGAAGGCCGCUGGAGGUUGGUCGCGCGCUCUGACUCGCACGUUCGCAGCACGUUCGCUGUGUGUUGAGUGUGUGCAAUUCCUGUCUCACUGUUUGUUGCCCUUUCUGUGUGCACACACUGUGGCGGGGGGCAAACCCGGGUUGGUGCAUGGUGGUUUUUGAUGCUGGAGUGUUAAUCGUGAGGCGUGUCAGAGG